AUGGUAUUUAAGAUUCCAAACUAUUGCAUACUUAGUGACAUUCGCGAUGAGGAUUACGUCCGGUUUCCUGAUAAGUUAGGCGAUGUGCAAAAGGGCUUCAAUCCGCGGUACCGCUGCACAUAUCAUAGGGAGCGAGGGCACCGAACAGAGGACUGUUUGCCCUUGAAGCAACACUUGGAGGAGUUAGUCGCAGCCAGUCACUUAGACAUUUACAUCGAUGGGGGCGUUAAGGCCACGCAUCUCACCCCGGCUGAUUUGAGUUGUUCGGAUGACUUAGAGGCGCCCCCUCAAGGAGUGGUCAAUGUGAUCCACGGCAUAGUGGAGCUGGCGCGGGUAUGCGAGCUCCGAGGAAUGAUCAAAAAGGCGGAGCAUAUGAGGGAAAUUUUGUCAGUCCAGCCCGUGAUAAAAAAGGGAAAGACCGAGGAGAAAGAUGUGGUUAGUUUCUCAACUAUGGACCUAAAGCGCAUUCUAACACCGCACAACGACACCCUAGUAGUCACUCUCCGCGUCAGAGACUUCGAUGUUAAGCGCAUCUUGAUUGACCAAGGAAGCUCGGUUGAGAUUAUGUACUACGACGCGUUCAAGCAACUGAAACUCCGGGAUACAGACUUGGCUCCAGCAAUUUCGCCACUAGUUGGUUUCAACUCACAACCGGAGUGA